CACUCUGUCUUCACCUGACAACCCUGUAAACACACCCCAAGGCCUGUGAGCCAUAAACCGGCCGUGCAACCAUCCCCCUCCUGAGGAAAUCCAUCCCAAACCAAAUGGUUUAAGUUGGGUGGAGUGACAGCAGCUUCACCCUUUAACUGUGAUAAAUCCACACAAAAAAGUGGAGACAAAACGAGAGAGGCGGAAAAAAACCAAAGGGCUGGUUGAAAAGUAGGCAACACAAACUCUCAAAGGACAUCCCAGCUCGCACAAACAACCCUCCUCCCUCCAACAACACAUGCUCCAUCCUCUUGGGGCAGCCGGUGCAUGUCCAAGGUGCAGCCUUGGUGGAUUCAAACCAACAACAAUACAAUUGGGACAGUUUGCAAACCUCUCUCUGACCACAUCAGAGAGUCUGAGGACAAUCAUCAGAUCACUGAAGAGGCAGAGCAUCCGAACCUCGUCUGGCUCCGAGCAGACCACUCGACCCCCAUCUGGAGAAGCAGGUUGGGCAGUAAGAUGGAACUUCUCCUGAGCCUUCUCUGCAUCCUGUGCCUGGUUAGUCCAGUUCUAGGCCAGGACAUGCCUUAUGAGGAAUAUAUGGCCCAGAUCCAAGCCUGCCCUAAAGAGUGCCGCUGCCCCCCAAACUUCCCUCGUGCUGUCUACUGUGACAACAAAGGCCUGAAGAGCAUGCCCAAAAUCCCCCCUCACACCUGGUACCUCUACCUGCAGAACAAUCUUAUUGAAGUGCUGUCAGCAGACUCACUGAGUAAUGCCACACAGCUGCGUUGGUUGAACAUAAACCGCAACAACAUCACCGAUGCUGGAGUGGAAAAAGGUGCUCUCAGUGCCAUGCCUCACCUGGUGCAUCUCUACAUGGAUGACAACCUCUUGUCCUCUGUGCCAUCCCCCCUGCCAGCCAGCCUUGAGCAUCUACGCCUCUCACGCAAUCGUAUCUCCAAGAUCCCCGCUGGUGUCUUCAACGGUCUGGAUAAGCUGCACCUCUUGGACCUCCAGGGGAACAAGCUGAUGGAUGAUGAUGUAACGGAGGUGAGCCUGAAGGGUCUAAACAACCUAGUACAGAUCAACCUUGCCAAGAACCAGCUGAGCAGCAUGCCUCUUGGCUUACCUUCCACCACCACCCAGCUUUUUCUUGAUGGCAACAACAUCGAGAAGAUCCCAGCGGGGUACUUCAAGGGUUUGCCGAAAGUGGCGUUUCUGAGGCUCAACCACAACAAGCUGGGCAGCGGUGGGGUCCCAAAGAAUGUGUUCAACGUCUCCAGUAUUUUGGACUUGCAGCUGUCACACAACCAGCUGACUGAGGUCCCCCUCAUUCCAACAGGCCUUGAGCACCUUCACCUUGACCACAACAGGAUUGAAAGUGUCAGUGGCUCCAACGUCUGUCCUGUGGAUGUGGAAGCUGUGGACGACUCAGUCAACGAAAGCAUGCCUCGAUUGCGCUACCUCAGACUGGAUGGCAACGCAAUCAAGCCACCAAUCCCCCGGGACGUCAUCCUGUGCUUCCGCCUCCUGAGGUCCAUCGUCAUCUAAAAAGGACUCAUCCGCAUAUUUCUGCCUCAUCGUAGUUUCCGUCACACUUGUGAAUUAAUGCAACAAAACUGGUUUUUGCAUGUUCAGCCAAUAUUUGAAAGCUGUUGGCAUCAACUUGUUUACUGUUACGCUCUCGGGAAAAGUAAACAUCCAAAUCUGCAGUUAAACUUUCAGUGGAUUUCUGAAAAAAAAUCUGAAGGAAAGUGGUUGAAUUAGCUUCAUUUAGGCGGCAAUCUGUUGACCGCUAGUUGUGCCUUAAGUUGGUGUAAGCAUCUGCAUGACAAUGACAAUGUGAGUCUAAGUUAGCAUGGUAAUGGUUUGAUGUAUAAGAGGACAGCAUGUGUUAAUGGCGUGUGGAGCUCUCUGCACUCACUGUGAGAAGGAGGGGAAGCUUAUGAAUGUACAUGCAAAGUUACUAACUUUUUUUAUUGUUCUGGGGGAAGAUUUGCUUUAUAUUUGUAGACUUGAAGCCAAAUCAUUGGUCUUAUAUUCGGGGUUGGGAUUCUUAUUUACUUUAUUACAGGUAAACAUAAAUAUAUAUACUGUAGGUAAUUUAUUUUAUUUAAUAUUUGAGAAAUUUAGGUAAUAACUUGGGAGUCCUGUCAAACUUCAUGGCCAAUAUCACUUAAUCUUUUGUGCACAAAAAGACAUGCAACAAUUAUUUUUUAACUAUUCCAGCAGACUUUUUGAUCCUGGUCUUUACUUUUCUGAAUAAACUGAGCAAGAGAUUUCAUUUUUA